GGCAAGAUUCCCGGGCCUGCAGCCCAGAGCUCAGAGCUCAGGGGGCAGUCCUUCCUGUUUGCCUUUACAACGAGGGGCCCCACAGCCUCCCCUGCCCGCGGCCUGGCUUCCUGCUCCUGAGAGCCUCCCUUCCCAGCCCCCUCCCACAGCCUGGGCCUCUUUCCCCUCCUCCCUCCCGCCUCCAGCCGCCAGGUUCCCAACCGACCGCCAAGCUUGGGCCUGAGUGGCAGAGGCGCCUGCAGCUGCCAACCCUCAAAAUAUUCUCUGAUGACACAGCUGGAGGACAAGGGCCUAGACUGGCUCCUCCAAGCUAAGUAUAGAGCAGGCAGGGACCACCUGCCCCGUUCCCUAGCCCCAGUUCUAGUCCCAGCCUCAGCGCGUCCCCCCAUGACUGGCCCAGCAGCUGCUAGGUUGAAAGGGGCCCCAGAAGGUCUGAGGGGUAGGCGCAUUCUGUCUUCCUGACAAAUAACACUUUUAGGAGCUGGCAGACCCCAGCUCCCAGGCUCCUAUCCCACCUGUUGUCACCUCUGUGCUGCAUGCUGGGAUGUGACUCACAUUCUGUGUGUGUGUGUGUGUGUGUGUGUGUGUGUGUGUGUGUGUGUGUGUGUGUGUGUGUGUGUGUGUGUGUGUGUGUGUGUGUGUGUGUGUGUGUGUGUGUGUGUCUAUGGAAAGGGGUUGUAUCUGUGGGUCAGGUCACUUGGGGUGAAAACCCUCCCCGGCCUCUCCCCUCCCCCACAUUCCUGGCGGGAGUGGGAGAUAAGGCUCAGGGCCACAGACGUCUGCGUCAGAGAUAGGAGGUCUCAAUGCCAUGGGCAGGGGCAACUCGGACUGCAGGGCGUGGGAAGGACUGGGGAAGACUGGGGGUGGGCAUGGAUGCCAUGGGCCAGACCUGGACCGGGAACUUGUUCUGGCCAAGGUGAGGGCCCUGUUCCUGGAUGCCUUGGGGCCCCCAGCAGUGACUGGGGAAGGUGGGGAUCCUGGACACAGGCGUCUGCUCCGAAGACAUGCCCAGGGGGCCCUCGUGCGCAGGAGCUCUGAGCCCGAGGAAGAGGAUGUCUCCCAGGCCAUCCUUUUCCCGGCUACAGGUGUCAGCUGUGAGGAAGAGCCAGCUGCUGGAGAGCUGUCCCAGGAGGCUGAGGAGGGCCUCUUCAAGUACAUGUUCCGGCCGUCCCAGCACACGCGCAGCCGCCAGGUGACUUCGGCCCAGCUGUGGUUCCAUACAGGACUGCACAGGCAGGCCACAGCAGCCUCUAAUAGUUCUGGGCCCCUGGUGGGCCUGCUGGCACUAUCAUCCAGGGGUCCCAAGACUGUGCCCAUGUCACUGGGCCAGGCACCCCCUCGCUGGGCUGUGCUGCACCUGGCCACCUCUGCUCUCCCUCUGCUAACCCACCCCAUCCUGGUGCUACUGCUGAGCUGUCCUCUGUGUUCCUGCUCAGCCCGGCCUGAGACCACACCCUUUCUGGUGGCCCACACACGGGCCAAGCUGCCCAGUGGAGGGGACAGAGCCCGACGCUCGGCUUCCCCACUGCCCUGGCCUUGGUCUCCCGCUGCGCUGCACCUGCUCCAGAGGCCUCCAGAGGACCCUGCUGUCCAUGCUGACUGCCACAGGGCAGCUGUUAACAUCUCCUUCCAGGAGCUGGGCUGGGACCAGUGGAUCGUGCACCCACCCAGCUUCAUCUUCCACUAUUGUCAUGGUGGCUGUGGGCUGUCUACUCCACCAGACCUGCCCCUGCCAGUCCAUGGGGCUCCCCCUACUCCUAUCCAGCCCCUUUCUUUGGUGCCAGGGGCCCAGCCCUGCUGUGCUGCUCUGCCGGGGACUAUGAGGCCCCUCCAUGUCCGCACCACCUCAGAUGGAGGUUACUCUUUCAAAUACGAGACAGUGCCCAACCUUCUCACCCAGCACUGUGCUUGCAUCUAAGGGAGUUGUGCUGGUGGCCAGGUCCCCACCAUCAACAGCUGGGAGCAGGGGUAGGGUUUGGAAAACAUGGUUCCCACUUCUCUGCCUGAGGUCUCCCCUCCCUACCCCAUCCCACCCCACCCCGUGGGUAACACAACAAUAAACAAUAGUGCAGAUGACUUGA